AUGGAUACAAAGAAGCCAAGAAUGAAGAAAGAACAGCAACAAUAUUUAUUAAACUUUUUGAUGAGGAAUCAUGAAACGGUUAAUGGAAAUUCUCAGUUGCCGGCUACCAAAAGAUUGUGGACUGAACUGACAGAAGCCCUCAAUGGAAUGGGAGGUGUUCGUAAGACACAGAAAGAUUGGUUAGAGACAUACAAGUUAUUAGCACGCAGGGCGAAGGCUAAGAUGCGCACACAGCGUGCAUCUAUGCAAAGGACUGGAGGUGGUCCUCCAGCAUAUAUCUGCUUGACAGAACUGGAGAAAAAAACAAUAAAUAUAGAGGGGACAUCAACUAUAUAUGGAUUGCCUGGAGCUGUGGAAGCUGGUAUUAUUAUUGUCACAGGGACUCCACAGCCCAUUGUUGAUGUUCCGGAUCCUCAUGUUAAACAAAACAUAGUCAUGGUUUUGGAUGAUACUCAACUGCCAAAGCCAAAGCAGACAUUGAUUUUAGACGCAGUAACAGUUGAUAUACAUUCAGACACUGAAGAAGAGCUCCCGAAGGAAGCGGCUAUGGUGGACGCGUUGACACCGACGGCGAGUCACGAUGGGGCGACUGUCGUCACUUCAAUGGUGACGGACGCGUCAUCAAUACCGACAGCAUCUCGCGUUGGUAGACGCGUUGAUGAUGCCAGCGGCAAAUAG